GGCAGCUGGCGCCGCGCGGUCCUGCUCUGUGGGUCUCACGGACGCCCCGGCGGGCCGACGGCCGGAGGGCCCGGGCGGGAGCUGGGCCCGCUGACCCCGAGCCGGAGCGGGAGCCGAGCGUAGUGAGCCGGGCGCGGGCGCCCGCCAGCCUCUCGAGCGGCUCCCGCCUCCCGCCUCUCACCGGUGCCCGCGCGGGGCCGUGGGGGGCAGCAUGCCCGCGAGCACCGCCUGAGGACGCCGCGGUCCCCGCCCCCGCCAUGGGCGCCCCUGUCCGCGCCCUCGCGCUCUGCGUGGCCGUGGCCAUCGUGGCUGGCGCCUCCUCGGAGUCCUUGGGCCCGGAGCAGCGCGUCGUGGGGCGAGCGGCAGAGGUCCCAGGCCUGGAGCCCGGCCAGCAGGAGCAGUUGGUCUUCGGCAGCGGGGACACGGUGGAGCUGAGCUGUCCCCCGCCCGGGGGUGGUCCUGUGGGGCCCACGGUCUGGGUCAAGGAUGGUGCAGGGCUGGUGCCCUCAGACCGCGUCGUGGUGGGGCCCCAGCGGCUGCUGGUGCUAAACGCCUCACAGGAGGACUCCGGGGCCUACAGCUGCCGGCAGCGCCUCACGCAGCGCGUGCUGUGUCGCUUCAGCGUGCGGGUGGCAGAUGUUCCAUCUUCAGGAGAUGAUGAAGACGGGGAGGACGAGGCUGAGGACACAGGUGCGGACACAGGGGCCCCUUACUGGACUCGGCCGGAGCGGAUGGACAAGAAGCUGCUGGCCGUGCCGGCUGCCAACACCGUCCGCUUCCGCUGCCCGGCCGCCGGCAACCCCACUCCCUCCAUCUCCUGGCUGAAGAACGGCAAGGAGUUCCGCGGCGAGCAUCGCAUUGGAGGCAUCAAGCUGCGGCACCAGCAGUGGAGCCUGGUCAUGGAGAGCGUGGUGCCUUCGGACCGCGGCAACUACACCUGCGUGGUGGAGAACAAGUUCGGCAGCAUCCGGCAGACGUACACGCUGGACGUGCUGGAGCGCUCCCCGCACCGGCCCAUCCUGCAGGCGGGGCUGCCGGCCAACCAGACGGCGGUGCUGGGCAGCGACGUGGAGUUCCACUGCAAGGUGUACAGCGACGCACAGCCCCACAUCCAGUGGCUCAAGCAUGUGGAGGUGAACGGCAGCAAGGUGGGCCCCGACGGCACACCCUACGUCACCGUGCUCAAGUCGUGGAUCAGUGAGAGUGUGGAGGCCGACGCGCGCCUCCGCCUGGCCAAUGUGUCGGAGCGGGACGGGGGCGAGUACCUCUGUCGAGCCACCAAUUUCAUAGGCGUGGCCGAGAAGGCCUUUUGGCUGAGCGUUCGCGGGCCCCGAGCAGCCGAGGAGGAGCUGGCGGAGGCUGACGAGGCGGGCAGUGUGUACGCAGGCAUCCUCAGCUAUGGGGUGGGCUUCUUCCUGUUCAUCUUGGUGGUGGCGGCCGUGACGCUUUGCCGCCUGCGCAGCCCCCCCAAGAAAGGCCUGGGCUCCCCCACCGUCCACAAGAUCUCCCGCUUCCCGCUCAAGCGACAGGUAACAGUGUCCCUGGAGUCCAACGCGUCCAUGAGCUCCAACACGCCGCUGGUGCGAAUUGCAAGGCUGUCCUCCGGGGAGGGCCCGGCGCUGGCCAACGUAUCGGAGCUUGAGCUGCCCGCCGACCCCAAAUGGGAGCUGUCCAGGGCCCGGCUGACCCUGGGCAAGCCUCUCGGGGAGGGCUGCUUUGGCCAGGUGGUCAUGGCGGAGGCCAUCGGCAUCGACAAGGACCGGGCCGCUAAACCCGUCACUGUAGCUGUGAAGAUGCUGAAAGACGAUGCCACGGACAAGGACCUGUCGGACCUGGUGUCGGAGAUGGAGAUGAUGAAGAUGAUCGGGAAGCACAAGAACAUCAUCAACCUGCUGGGCGCCUGCACGCAGGGCGGGCCCCUCUACGUGCUGGUGGAGUAUGCCGCCAAGGGCAACCUGCGGGAGUUCCUGCGGGCGCGGCGGCCCCCCGGCCUGGACUACUCCUUCGACACCUGCAAGCCGCCCGAGGAGCAGCUCACCUUCAAGGACCUGGUGUCCUGUGCCUACCAGGUGGCCCGGGGCAUGGAGUACCUGGCCUCCCAGAAGUGCAUCCACAGGGACCUGGCCGCCCGCAAUGUGUUGGUGACCGAGGACAACGUGAUGAAGAUCGCCGACUUCGGGCUGGCCCGAGAUGUGCACAACCUCGACUACUACAAGAAGACCACCAACGGCCGGCUGCCUGUGAAGUGGAUGGCGCCUGAGGCCUUAUUUGACCGCGUCUACACCCACCAGAGUGACGUCUGGUCCUUUGGGGUCCUGCUCUGGGAGAUCUUCACACUGGGGGGCUCCCCGUACCCCGGCAUCCCUGUGGAGGAACUCUUCAAGCUGCUGAAGGAGGGCCACCGCAUGGACAAGCCCGCCAACUGCACGCACGACCUGUACAUGAUCAUGCGGGAGUGCUGGCACGCGGCGCCCUCGCAGAGGCCCACCUUCAAGCAGCUGGUGGAGGACCUGGACCGCAUCCUCACUGUGACAUCCACCGACGAGUACCUGGACCUGUCGGCGCCCUUCGAGCAGUACUCCCCCGGCGGCCAGGACACCCCCAGCUCCAGCUCCUCAGGGGACGACUCCGUGUUCACCCAUGACCUGCUGCCCCCGGCCCCACCCAGUAGUGGGGGCCCGCGGACGUGAAGGGCCACCUGUCCCCAACAAUGUGAGGGGUCCCUAGCAGCCCACCCUGCUGCUGUUGCACAGCCACUCCCUGGCACGAGACUCAGUCCGGUGGGACAGACGGCCACACAGAGCUUUGGUCUUUGUGCAUGCGCGCGCAUCUUGUGGCCUCUGGCUGCAGAGGUCCCCUGGGUGUCCCCGCUGCUGUGCAACGGCCUCCUGACUGGUGCCGAAGCACCGAGGGGCCUUUGUUCUGGGGUCACCCAGUGCGGAAUGUAAGUGGGCCCACCCUGUGGGACCCCCGUGGGGCAGGGAGCUGGGCCUGACGUGACCCUGGCCUCUGCCCCUGCACUGUGGGACAUCACAGGGUGGGCUUCUGGCCCUCCCACACCCAAAGCUGAGCCUGCAGGGAAGCCCCACGUGUCGAGCACCUUGUGCCUGGGGGUGUUAGUGGCUCUGCCCCCCACCUCCAGGCUUUCCUCGUUCCCACCCUGCCCCUCAAAGACUGAAAUUACGGGUACCUGAAGGUGGGAGCCUUUACCUUUUAUCCAAAAGGUUUAUUCCAGAAACUAGUGUACAUUUCUAUAAAUAGAUGCUGUGUAUAUGAUAUAUAUACAUACAUAUAUAUAAAGUAUAUGGAAGAGCAGCCUAGUACAAUGGAGGCCCUUGGCCCUGGGGUCGCAGGAGGCAGGCAUGGCCCCGGGCUGUGGGGGAGGCCUCAGGGGUCUCACACAUGCAAGCAGAGGAGCAGGGCCUUUUCUGGCACUGCAGUUUCAACAAUUGAACCUGGACCUGUGUAUUUGUAAAGCUAUUUAUGGGCCCCUGGCACCCUUGUUCCUGCACCCCAACACUUGUAGCAUUUAGCCAGCCACAUGGCGGAGAGGUUUAAUUUUUAACUUAUUAACAGCCAAGAAGGCUUAUCCCGCCUACAGAGGGACGGCAAGAGUGUGCGUCCAGCCUGCCAAGGGGCUGGAGGAUCCCCUCUGAGCCUAGAAGGUGGCUCAUAGUUGGAGGGGAUGCUGGUAAGGAUAUUUUAUUUCCUUUGUCCUCCUUUUGCAGGAGAAUUAGAUUUCUAUAGGAUUUUUUUUUAGGAGAUUUAUUUUUUGGACUUCAAAGCAAGCUGGUAUUUUUCACACAAAUUCCUCUAAUUGCUGCGUGUCCCAGGCGGGGAGCUGGUUUCCAGGGAGGGGCCGGCCCUGUGUGCAGGUUCAGAUGUUAUUAGAUGUUACAAGUUUAUAUAUAUCUAUAUAUAUAAUUUAUUGAGUUUUUACAAGAUGUAGACUUAACACUUCUUACGCAAUGCUUCUAGAGUUUUAUAGCCCAGACUGCUACCUUUCAGAGCUUGGAGGGAAGCCGUGAUUUCAGUUGGUCUUUCUGUUCUGUUACGGGGCUGAGUCAGGGCGGCUGUCCCUUGCUUGCCUGCAGGGCCAUGGCUCAGGGUGGUCUCUUCCUGGGGCCCAGUGCUUGGUGGCCAGAGGUGUCACCCAAACUGGCAGGUGUGAUUUUGUUAACCCAUCGACGAACUUUCCAAAAAAUAAAGAGACGCCUGGUUCCUAACCUG